AUGCCGCUGGCCGAUUCCCAGAAGGAUCUCCGCCAGCAGCCUCAGCAGCAGCAGCAUGUGUCCUCCACCGGCAGCAACAACAUUGCGGAGCAGCAGAGCAGUAGUAGCAGCGGUUUGGGCCUGCAGCUACGACAGCGCAUGCAGAUUACCUCGUCCGGCUGUAGCAGCCUCGCGGUCACGCCCAUGGAGCACACGCCCACCGAGGACGAGGAGAGUGGUGGCGGUAGCAGCGGGGUCAACUCCUCGGUUACCACGGUGACCUCAUCGCAGCGUCGCCAGCAGCUGCAUCAAGUGCAACAGCAAUGUGCUUUGCAGGCGGCCCUGGAGCAGCAUCACAUCUCACCGGCAGCGGAACAGGAGUCUUCCAGAGAAAAACCAGUGCAUCAAACACUAUGCUCGCCGCCAGAACUCAUGGAGCUAAGUGAUUCCGAGUCCCAGGGAGGAAGAAGAGAAGGGGUAGUUGGAGGAGGAGCACCUGGCUCAGAAGACACCGAACCCCUAGAUGAUACAGAAAACGAAUUCGAGCUCAAAGAGGUCAUAAAAGAGGGUCACGACAAGGCCGAUCCCUCGCAAUUCGAACUCCUUCGAGUCCUGGGCGAAGGAAGUUUUGGGAAGGUGUUCCUGGUGCGAAAGGUCAUAGGGAAAGACGCGGGUACCCUGUACGCUAUGAAGGUGCUUAAGAAGGCCACCCUUAAAGUCAAGGACCGAGUGAGAAGUACCAAUGAACGCAAGAUCCUGGCCGACGUGGGGCAUGCCUUCAUCGUGCGCCUGCACUAUGCCUUUCAAACCCCCGGAAAACUCUACUUGAUAUUAGAUUUCCUUCGUGGCGGCGAUCUUUUCACUCGCCUGUCCAAAGAAGUAAUGUUUACGGAAGAGGACGUUAAGUUCUAUCUGGCGGAACUUGCGCUGGCCAUGAACCACCUGCACUCGCUAGGCAUCAUCUACAGGGAUCUGAAGCCGGAAAAUAUACUACUCGAUGAGCAUGGUCAUAUAGCGUUGACGGAUUUUGGUCUGUCCAAGCAGCCUUUGGAUGGAUCCAAAACCUACAGUUUUUGUGGAACCGUGGAAUACAUGGCACCGGAGAUUGUGAACAGAAAGGGACACGAUUUUGCCGCCGAUUGGUGGAGUUUCGGGGUGCUCAUGUACGAAAUGCUUACAGGGAAUUUACCUUUUCAUGGCCAAACGCGUCAGGAGACUAUGAAUCAAAUCCUAAGGAGUAAGUUGGGCAUGCCGGAAAAUCUAUCGCCAGAGGCGCAGUCCCUGCUGCGGGCUCUCUUCAAAAGAAAUCCUCAGAAUCGUUUGGGUGCGGGUGCCCAAGGAAUAUUGGACAUCAAGGCGCACUGCUUCUUCGCUACCAUCGAUUGGGUGAGAUUGGAACGAAAACAGGUGCGUCCGCCUUUUAUACCGGCGGUUAGCCGCGACGAUGCCUUCUACUUCGAUGUGGAGUACACCUCGAAGUCCCCUAGGGACUCACCGGGUGGUCCCAUCUCCGCAUCUGCGCAUGAAAUUUUUCGUGGCUUUAGCUUCGUGGCCCCUGUUCUCCUAGAAGGUCAAUGUGCCGGCUCGAAUAGCUGCUCUACCAGUGCCAGUCCACUACAUAAUAUAGCUCCUAUUCCUGCUGUUCCGACGGGUGCGCCCCGAACUUUACCCGGUGUCCUACCUGGAAACUUCCAUGCGGAGUAUAAUCUGCUCCAAGAACUAGGUCGGGGAACUUUCUCAGUUUGCCGGCUGUGCGAGCAUCGCGCCUCCAAAAAACAUUAUGCCGUAAAAGUAAUCGAAAAGGCCGCUGUGGCCGCCGCAUCCACGUCCGCCGAUUGCUGGGAGGAAGUAGAGAUUAUGUUAAGGUACGGCAACCACCCAAAUAUCGUCACUCUCUAUUCAGUUUACGAGGACGCGGGCUCCGCUUAUCUAGUAAUGGAGUUGCUGAAAGGCGGUGAGCUACUCGAUCGCAUACUGGCCGUGGGUCAGAUGUGCGAAAGCGAGGCGAGCGCCGUUUUAAGGACGAUUGCAUCCGCAGUAGCAUAUCUCCAUGAACAUGGCGUUGUCCAUCGAGAUCUGAAGCCCUCCAAUAUGAUAUAUGCAAGUAUGCGACAGACUCCCGAAACCCUGAAGCUCUGCGAUUUAGGCUUCGCUAAGCAGCUGCGCGCAGACAACGGACUCCUGAUGACGCCCUGUUACACAGCCAACUUUGUGGCGCCCGAGGUUUUGAAGAGGCAAGGUUACGACCUGGCCUGCGACAUCUGGUCGCUGGGCGUUCUUCUUUACAUCAUGUUAUCCGGUCGGACGCCAUUUGCCAGCACUCCAAACGAUUCGCCGGACGUGAUACUGAAGCGCAUCGGGUCGGGACACAUUGACUUUACCAGCAGUCGCUGGGCACUGGUCAGUGUGCCGGCCAAGGAACUGUUGCGCCAGAUGCUGCACAUAGUGCCGGAGAAUCGGCCGACGGCGGCGCAAAUUCUAGAUCAUGCCUGGCUGCGGGAACAAUUUGCCAAUGGUGUGCAGCUUACAGAGUAUGCCGUGGCUCCCGGAUUACAGCUUUCGCUAUGCGCCCAACAGCAGCAACAGAAUCACAUUUCGAUGGCUUUAAGGGGAGCUGUAGAUGCCACGUUUCGGGCCAUUGCCAUACCGCAGGCGGCCAAUGUGGGACCUGUAGAACUUUCGAUGUUAGCCAAGAGGCGAGCCAAAGAUAGAGCUAACCUGCACUCCUAAUCCUGGGCCGCAGCAUGGUGUCCGCGGCGCCAGGCCAAAAGGCAGAUAAUCAGGCUGGUUUUCCGACUCUAUAGUAUUCUAAUCCAAUGCUGC